AUGAUUUCAAUCACGGGAUAUGUUUUCUUAAAUGAUAAGACCUCGGAACGCAGAUAUGGGACGCGGGUGAACCAUACAAUCGUCGAAAUCAAUGAUGUAAACGGCACUUACACUGUGUUUAUAAAAAUGAGCUCGAAUCAAGUGGAAUCUUCGUACAUGCUUGAAAACUUGGAUGGUGUUCUUUAUCAUGAGAUGAAAAUCGUGCUGCUGUUUCGAGAACCUAGUCACGAGUUGCUUAUUUUGUCUGACGAUGUCAACAGGGUAAAGAUUUUUUAUAAGAAUCUAAUGUCCCUCGCUAAAAGUCUGAACUUAAAAAUCUGCAAAUCCUUUAAAACCGAUAUUUUCAACAUUUUCGGGAUCAUUAACAGUAGAGAUUUGUUUCAAAAUUUGAAAUUAAAUAAUCUACGAACAAUCGCCUUGGAAAACUGCGAUUUACCUUAUAUACCUGCAGAACUUGGAAAUUUAAAAAUUUCAAGUCUUAGCCUAAAUGGUAGCAAACUAAAUAUGCCAGAUUGUGGUGAAAAUUUCGCCUGGGAUUGGAUGACUAUGGACAAUAUAAGUAAAACGUUAAAUGUAUUGGAAAUAAAUUCAAUCGGUUUAAUGAAAUUGCCAUAUGAAGUCAUGUAUCUGAAAAAUCUACGAAGUUUGUCAGUAUCCAACAAUAAUUUAAAAUAUUUACCUCAUUUCGUCGGUGAACUUUCAGAUCUCCAAUUUCUAUAUGUUGAUGGCAACAAUUUAAUCUGCCUUCCAGAUAGUUUAUUGGAUAAAGUUUUUCGUAGACUCAAUAUUUUGAAUAAUAAUUUUAAUAAUUUUAAUGAUUUUUAUUAUUUUAAAGAACGCAGCAAAAAUGAAUGUUCUGGUGUAUUAAAAGUGCCAACGUUAUUGGAUUUAUCAUUUUUAUGUAUAAUGGAUAAUUGUGUAAAAUUUAAGAGGCAUACUAUACCUCAUAAUCUAUGGACCUGUGCCAAUCUUAUUGGCCGUUGUAGACAUUGUAAGAAGUUAAUGAUAUUUGAUCGAAAUUAUAGGCAAUUCAUUUUUGCCGCUCCAAAUACAACAACGAUUCCGGUUGAAGGUAUAUAUUGGCAAUAUUUUAAAUGUCGUCCACCGUGUACUUAA